AUGAUCCCGGACCGCCAACAUUCAAUUCCAUCAAGUUCUCCUGUACAAACUUUAUCUUAUGAAGAAAGGGCUCCUUACUUAGAAGAAGAAGGAAUGGAAGAGAAGACGGAGCUGUAUUCUGUGACCUCAUUAUCUGACGAUUCGGGCGAAGAUGAACUGGGUGUAAACCAGACAACACCCCAAGACAACAAAUCGAAUACUGAACAAAAUAAGUCGUCUCUAAAUCCGUACGCCAGCGCCCUUAAGCCUCGUUGUAAUAGUGAAGAACUCAAAGAUGUGGAGUGUCAGCUGGAAAACAAAGAUCUGUGGGAAAAAUUUAACGACUUGGGAACAGAGAUGAUUAUUACGAAAAUGGGGAGGCGCAUGUUUCCUACCGUGCGGGUCACCUUUACCGGCCUAGCAUCAGAUACCAAGUACGCAGUGUUUUUAGACAUUGUUCCCGUUGAUAACAAGCGGUAUAGAUAUGCCUACCACCGCUCGUCGUGGCUAGUUGCGGGAAAAGCUGAUCCACCGUCCCCGACGAGGCUUCAUCUUCAUUCCGACUCUCCCUCUAUAGGUGAUCAGUUAAAGAAACAGGUAGUUUCGUUCGAGAAAAUCAAACUCACGAAUAACGAGAUGGAUAAACAAGGUCAUAUCGUACUGAACUCCAUGCACAAGUACCAACCAAGAAUUCAUAUUGUAAAGCUGGAAAGCGACUCGUUAAACACCUCUAUAUCUGACCUAGACUCACAGGCUUUUCGAACAUUUAUCUUUCCAGAAACUGUAUUUACUGCUGUCACUGCUUAUCAAAACCAGUUGAUAACCAAACUGAAAAUUGACAGCAACCCCUUUGCUAAAGGUUUUAGAGACUCCUCCCGUAUUACGGAAAUAGAAAGAGAGUCUAUAGAGGCUGUCAUUACCAAUGUCCGUUCACCUCUACAAUCAUUACUGGACGUGGAAACCGAUAACAUGCUACUACGAGACAAAAUAACUUUGCUUAACCUCCCUCAUCGACCACCAUUUUUGUGGAAUCCGUCAGAAUUUUACAGCAAUAUCGCACACAGUGAUAUUUAUCGAUUUAUUUCUACCAAUCCAAACUGCAUGUCUCAAUUUUACUCGCUCAGUACCACCAAUCGUUUUCAUCCUUCUUUUCUUGGAUUCUCUCCCCAGUCACUACCCAACUGGCACUCCCCUACUGAAGGUGUUCAACAGGCUGGAUUUAUGACACAUUAUGACGUAAUUUCCGGUAAUUCUCAUGUCGGAAGUAUUAUUCGCCCAACAGUUCAUCAUUCAGAUUCUGUGUUACAUCUUGGCGCUCGUCGUUAUUCUCCCUAUCCUUACUCGAACAAAGAUCAGAUGUCAUCAUCAGCUGGUGUUGAAUUUGUUCAGACUGAAAGAAAUCCGACGACUUUUAGGUGA